AUGACGUCUCGUUUUAGUCCAGACGCACCGGUGAACCGAGUUACGGUAACAUCGGAUCUUGUUCUACCGGAAUCUCCCAGUCCGAUAUCGCCACCAAACCAAAUAGAAGAAAUCCGCAGGGUGACUAUCAGUCCACCUCUCCAUUCAAAAAAAAUGGCCGAGCAUGAAAAUCCAUUCCGACCGGAAGAGGUACUGUAUCACGAAGUGGAUCCGAUUGUGGAGCAGUACAUGCAGAAACCAUUCCCUCCAAGUCGACCAGGAAGUGCUGAGAAUACACCUGUAAAGCAACAAAAAGAUGGCUCAUUAUCAUCUCCAGCUUACCUACAAAACGGAUUAUCAAAGGAGCAAUUAAUGGACAAUGAAAAGGCACAGUCACAACCACUUUUGUCAUCAGAUCAACGACAAUCAAGUCCCGAGAAGAGGUUUGUGACUCGUUCAGCCUUGAAGACGGUGUCAGCGAUCUAUGAUGUCAAUGAAGAGGACCUGAUAAAUGUCAUGUUUGCAUAA